UCUUCUUAUAAAAAGAGUCUCCCACUCCAUUACAGAGUAAAAUCAAUCGCACACAACAGUGUGUUUCUCUCUAGCCAUUAUCCAGCAAUGACCUCUGAAGCCAAUCAUCUCCACAUGCUAUUCUUCCCUUUCAUGGCGCAAGGCCACAUGCUCCCUAUGGUCGACAUGGCCAAAAUCUUCGCAGCCCGUGGCAUCCGCAUAACCAUCCUCACUACUCCUGUUAAUGCUACCAUCAUCCGCCCCAGCAUCGAUGACUCUGUUCAACUCCACAUUAUCCCUUUUCCCUCUGUUGAGUUUGGCCUCCCCAACGGGUGUGAGAACCGCUCAUUAAUGUUUGAUCAUGACCAAGUAAGCAACUUCUUCAAGGCUCUCUCCUCGCUUCGACACUCUUUCGAUUAUGUGCUUGGAGAACUCUACCCUGAUUGCGUAGUCACCGACAUGUUCUUGCCAUGGACAUAUUAUGUUGCCACCGCAAGAGGUAUUCCACGACUUGUUUUUCAUGGGAGUAGCAACUUCGCAAUGUGUGCUACCACUGCUUUUGAGCGGUGCCCCCUAAAAGUGGACAAGGCCGAGUGCUUUGUUUUUCCUGACCUCCCCCACCGUAUAGAGAUGUUAAGAACCCAAAUAAUGGACUUUAACAAAUUUGCAGGAACACCAUCUGACAUCAUUUUUGAGACAUUUAGAGAAGCAAUGGAGGUGGAAUCGAAAAACUAUGGUGCAUUGAUGAAUAGUUUCUAUGUGCUGGAACCUGAAUUUGCUGACCACUAUCGCAAGGGGAUAGGGAGGGUGUGGAAUAUUGGCCCUGUUUCUCUAUACAACAAGGAGAUGACCAAGUCAUCAAGAGGUGGGGAGUAUCCAGCUUCUGUUAACGAGUGUUUGAAAUGGCUUGACAAAAGACCAACAGGCUCGAUUGUAUACAUAUGCUUUGGAAGUGGAAGCCUAUUCUCGGUGGAGCAAUUGAGAGAAAUAGCGCUUGCGCUUGAGGAAUCUAGGCUUCUAUUUGUUUGGGUGGUGAGGAAUGAGUGCGAUGAUUGGAUUCCAAAGGGGUAUAGAGAGAGAAUUAAAGAGGUAGGGAUGAUGAUAAGAGGAUGGGCCCCACAACUAGUGAUACUAAAUCAUGAUGCAGUUGGGGGAUUUGUAACUCAUUGUGGGUGGAAUUCUUGUUUAGAAGGAAUUAGUGCAGGGUUGCCGAUGGUAACAUGGCCGUUGUAUGCGGAUCAAUUUUAUAAUGAAAAGUUUUUAGUAGAUAUAUUGAAGGUUGGUAUAACGGUGGGCUCAAAGGUGAACACUUUUAAUAUAGAGAUGAGACCCAUUGUGAAGGCUGAGGUAAUAAAGAUAGCUGUUAGGACGUUGAUGGGGGAUGGGAUGGAAGCAAACGAGAGGAGGAGGAGGGCAAAACAACUUGGGGAGAUGGCCAAAAAAGCUGUGGACAAGGGAGGGUCAUCUUAUGAGGAGAUCGAAAAUUUGAUAAAUGAAUUAAUUGAUCGAAAGAAGCGUGUGUAGCUUUGCUUGGGG